CCGCCCGCGGGCCGCGGCCUGCGCCCCGGCUGCCCCGCGCAGCCCCGCCGCUCUGCCGGGGGCCCGGCCGGCCUGUCCGCGGCGCUGCUGCGCACCGAGAGCUUCGUGGGCGGCCGCUGGCUCCCGGCCGCCGCCGCCUUCCCCGUGCACGACCCGGCCAGCGGCGCCCAGCUGGGCUUGGUGGCCGACUGCGGGGUGCCCGAGACCCGCGCCGCGGUGCGCGCCGCCUACGAGGCUUUCUGCAGCUGGAGGGGCGUCUCGGCCAAGGAGAGGAGUUCAUUACUUCGGAAAUGGUACGACUUAAUGAUGCAAAAUAAGGAUGACCUUGCCAAGAUCAUUACAGCUGAAAGUGGGAAGCCGCUGAAGGAGGCACAGGGGGAAGUUGCCUAUUCCGCCCUUUUCCUAGAGUGGUUUUCAGAGGAGGCCCGCCGCGUCUACGGAGACGUCAUCUACACCCCCGCCAAGGAGAAGCGGGCGCUGGUCCUGAAGCAGCCCCUCGGGGUGGCCGCGGUCAUCACGCCGCUCGCGGACCAGGCUGCAAUUCCUCCCGGCGUGUACAACGUCAUUCCCUGCUCCAGAGCGAAGGCCAAGGAAGUAGGAGAAGCACUUUGUACUGACCCUCUGGUGUCCAAAAUCUCCUUUACUGGCUCAACAGCUACCGGAAAGAUACUGCUGCACCACGCAGCUGGCUCUGUGAAGAGGGUCUCCAUGGAGCUGGGCGGCCACGCCCCGUUCAUCGUCUUCGACAGUGCCAAUGUGGACCAGGCUGUCGCGGGAGCCAUGGCAUCCAAAUUUAGGAACUCUGGACAGACUUGCGUUUGCUCAAACCGUUUCUUGGUGCAAAGGGGUAUCCACGAUUCUUUUGUGAAGAAAUUUGCCGAGGCAAUUAAAAUGAACCUGCAUGUGGGUAAUGGCUUUGAGGAGAGAACUACUCAAGGCCCAUUAAUUGAUGAAAAGGCGGUAGAAAAGGUAGAGAAGCACGUGAAUGACGCAGUGUCCAAAGGCGCCACUGUUGUGACAGGCGGGAAGCGACACCAACUUGGAAAAAAUUUCUUUGAGCCCACACUGCUCAGCAAUGUCACCAGGGACAUGCUCUGCUCUCACGAAGAGACGUUUGGGCCUCUGGCACCAGUUAUCAAGUUCGACACAGAGGAGGAGGCUGUGGCGAUCGCUAACGCAGCUGACGUCGGGCUGGCAGGUUAUUUUUACUCUCAAGACCCAGCCCAGAUCUGGAGAGUGGCAGAGCGGCUGGAAGUGGGCAUGGUGGGCGUGAACGAGGGACUGAUCUCCUCUGUGGAGUGUCCUUUCGGCGGGGUGAAGCAGUCUGGCCUCGGGAGAGAGGGGUCCAAGUACGGCAUCGACGAGUACCUAGAGCUCAAAUACGUGUGCUUCGGGGGCUUGUAG